AAGUUUUUGCAGUCAUUCGCAGUUUACAAGCUCAGUAGCUGAGUCCUUUCUGUCGAACCAGUAGUGCCCAAACAACUAAACAAUCAACAUGUGUGACGACGAUGUUGCGGCGUUGGUCGUUGACAACGGCUCCGGUAUGUGCAAAGCUGGCUUUGCCGGUGAUGACGCUCCACGCGCCGUCUUCCCGUCCAUCGUUGGUCGCCCAAGGCAUCAAGGUGUCAUGGUCGGCAUGGGACAGAAGGACUCCUACGUCGGUGAUGAAGCCCAAAGCAAAAGAGGUAUCCUUACCUUGAAAUACCCAAUUGAACACGGUAUCAUCACCAACUGGGAUGAUAUGGAGAAGAUCUGGCAUCACACCUUCUACAACGAACUGCGUGUCGCCCCAGAGGAACACCCAACCCUCCUCACCGAAGCCCCCCUCAACCCAAAGGCUAACCGCGAAAAGAUGACCCAAAUCAUGUUUGAGACCUUCAACACCCCGGCCAUGUACGUCGCCAUCCAAGCCGUCCUCUCCUUGUACGCUUCCGGUCGUACCACCGGUAUCGUCUUGGACACCGGUGAUGGUGUUACCCACACCGUCCCAAUCUACGAAGGUUAUGCCCUUCCCCACGCCAUCCUCCGUCUUGACUUGGCUGGCCGUGACUUGACCGACUACUUGAUGAAGAUCCUCACCGAGCGUGGCUACUCUUUCACCACCACCGCUGAGAGGGAAAUCGUCCGUGACAUCAAGGAGAAACUCUGCUAUGUCGCCCUCGACUUCGAACAGGAAAUGGCCACCGCCGCCGCUUCCACCUCUUUGGAAAAGAGCUACGAACUUCCCGACGGACAGGUCAUCACCAUCGGUAACGAACGUUUCCGUUGCCCAGAAGCCCUCUUCCAACCCUCCUUCUUGGGAAUGGAAUCUUGCGGUAUCCACGAAACCGUCUACAACUCCAUCAUGAAGUGCGACGUUGAUAUCCGUAAGGACUUGUACGCUAACAAUGUCCUCUCCGGUGGUACCACCAUGUACCCAGGUAUUGCUGACCGCAUGCAAAAGGAAAUCACCGCCUUGGCCCCAUCCACCAUCAAGAUCAAGAUCAUCGCUCCCCCAGAAAGGAAAUACUCCGUCUGGAUCGGUGGCUCCAUCUUGGCCUCCCUCUCCACCUUCCAGCAAAUGUGGAUCUCCAAGCAAGAAUACGACGAAUCCGGCCCAGGCAUCGUCCACCGCAAGUGCUUCUAAAUCAACAUCUACUACUCUACCUUACAAGCUACUAUUUCUUUUAUUAUUACUCAAUUUUAAUGAAUCAUAAAAAAAAAUCAAUCAACAUCUUAAAGACUCUGUUAUACUAUAUCUAAUAACAUGAUUAUUUUUGUAAAUUUAUGAAUAUACGAUAUAAUUAAAUACCGACCACCAUCA